AUUUUAGUUGGUACGCUCUGUUCGCGUGUCUAGUAAAAAAAAACAUAGAAUAAUAAAAUUGCAUGCAAAAAUAGCUAUUGAUGAAUAAUUCUAACUACGUGGUUGUGAUUGCAUGGUUGGUGGUUGUCGGCUUAGCCGGCUUGGCCACACCUGCCAAGGGUCAAGAUGCAAAUCUAGUAGACGAUAUAUGCCUUGGAUGCAUUUGCGAAGCAGCUAGCGGCUGUGAUCUAUCAAAAACCUGUGAUUUAGAACAUUGUGGACUCUUUCGUAUGGAUUAUUUAUACUGGGCCGAUGGUGGAAUGCGAACAUCUAAUGGAGAAUUCGCACAUAGUCCAACUGCUUAUGAAAAUUGUGCAUACGAUCCAAGUUGCGCUACCGAAUCUGUUCAAAAUUAUAUACAAACAUUUUUAAAUGACUGCAAUCAAGAUGGAAAAAUUGAUUGCUACGACUAUGCUUCUAUUCACAAGUUAGGUCGUUAUGGUUGUCCAGGUAUUAUUUCCGGGACCUAUGCAAGAACAUUGAAACUAUGUUUGGAUGCUUAUGGAGUUUAUUCUACAGAAAACUAUACCUCCAUUCAAAACUCCACGGAAACUCCACAAACAACUGAAAUGGCACUUAUACAAGAAAUAGUUGAAGAAGUUGAAGAUUUUGUUGAUAACUUUAACAGUGGAACAACUGAAGUUAUUAAACAAAAUACUGAAAAUAUUCUAGUUGCCAAUAAAUUACGAGUUUCAACUAAUUUACCACCACAAUCACCUUUAAAGUAUUUAUAUCCUCAAAAGAACAUGACAAACACUUCUUCAAUUGAAAGUAAACUGGAUCAGAUUUAUGGUGGCCAAAGAAGCGUUAGUCAAGAAACUAACGAUUUUGAGUUGAUAUCUCAAAAAGUUGAUAUCCCAUCCAGAUUUGGCGAUGAUAGCAUUGUCCCAAUUCCAUCAGCUCCAGAUGGUCUUGUUGAUAAUCAGUUAAGGAGAAGAGCAUUAGAAGACACUGAUCCCGAUUCUGAAGAUAGGGUUUUCAACAUGUUAGAUAAAAUUGAAAAAUCCAGAAAAGUUCUUAGGGAAAAAGAACUGAGAUUUCAAGAAACAUUUCUCCAAGAAUUUAUUAAACAAAAUCGUAUUGAUGAAGAGAGAAAUGAGAUUUUAAAAGAAAUGGCUACAGUUAAAAAACCAUCGCCUAAGAAACCUAAUUAUUUUCUAUCAUAAAUUUUUAAUGUUUAAAAAAAUAGUUUAGUUGAAAUUA